UGCUGCAUGUGGGCGAAACCAAAAUUGGAGAGGAGAGUGUUAAGAACUCUUCAUUUAUGCCUACAAUAUUUUUUUUUAUUUUUUAUUUUUGUUUCAAGUAUGGGUCAUUUUUCUGCUUAAUAAACAGUUUUGUAUAUGCCUGCAUGUUGCACAAAUUUGAGACAGUGGUUUAGAUACAGUCAGUUCUUCCAAUUGAUUUGAGGAAGUGUGGAUUAUUGUGAAACCCGUCUGUGGCACAGCUGAUUUGCAGCAGAUAGCGUAGGCCUGAACGUGCUACAAUUAGGCUGUACGUCAAAGAGCAGUUUUAUAAAUAUUACCGGACCUGCACGGGCUUCAUGCAUGAUGAGGCAGACGUAGAUCAUUCAGUUAGAAAGACUGUGAAAGAUAGUUUUUCACAAGCAUUCAAAAUUAAGCAACUGGUCUUCAGAAUAAAAUAUGACAAAAGUGAAUAUGAAAAUUGGAAGCUUGUAAGUAAUUGUACAUUUAAGGCCAGAGCGUGGCCCACAGAUUAUCUGGAUCUGUCACAAAAUUCCCUCUUACACGGGGAAUUCUGCGGACUGCAGUGGCUCAGCCAGUACAAGCAAUGCAUCAGUCAUAUUCGGACUCUCAAGCAGCUAAGCGGAUACCAUCAGUACUCGAAGGAGCCUACGUGUUGCAAUAGCAUGUUUAUAAUCUAGUGGGACUUACAAAAAACAUUCCAAAGUGUAGCCUAUGGGCGUGUGCAGAUUUGGUUUCAUCUUCUCCUGUUUCGUUUUAAAUGGCAGCGUCCACUCUUUCUCCUUUCUCACAUGGCACUGCCACAGAAGCAUACAUCCCUGAAACUUCAGAGAACUACUUCUACUAUGACUAUCCCGACGAGGACAUGAUUUGUUCGUAUGAGAGACAUGGGGCCAGUUUUCUUCCGGCCCUCUACUCCAUUUUCUUCCUCCUGGGCCUUCUGGGUAACUCUCUGGUCAUCUGGGUCAUUUGUUGCGGGGUGCGACUGCGCAGCAUGACCGACGUGUGCCUGUUAAACUUGGCCAUCGCUGACCUCCUCCUGGUGUGCUCACUCCCCUUCCUGGCCCACCAAGCCAGGGACCAGUGGCUUUUUGGCGACGGUAUGUGCAAGGUGGUCCUGGGCAUUUAUCAUAUUGUCUUCUACUGUGGCAUCUUCUUCAUCAGCCUGAUGAGCAUCGACCGCUACUUGGCUAUAGUGCACGCCGUGUACGCCAUGAGAGCGCGAACGCGCUCCUUUGGCAUUAUUGCAGCCACCAUCACAUGGGUGGCGGGGUUUUUUGCCUCGUUUCCUGAACUGAUCUUUCUCGAAGAGCAGAGCGUUACUGGCAAAGGCAACACGUCCAAUGCAUCAUUCUGCUACCCCUCAUAUCCAACAACAGAUGGGAAUCACCACUUCUGGAGAGUCUUCAGCCUCUUUAAAAUGAACACGCUGGGUCUGUUUCUCCCGAUCGUCAUCAUGACCUUCUGCUACUCACAGAUCAUCUGGAGGCUCCUGUACAGCCACUCGUCCAAGAAACAGGCCAUCCGACUGGUUCUCAUAGUGGUGGCCGUGUUCUUCUGCUGCUGGGUCCCCUACAACAUUGCGGCGUUCUUCAAGGCGCUAGAGUACAUACAACCGGGGACAUGCGAAAGAAGCAAAGCAAUCCGACUGGCGAUACAAAUCACAGAGGUCAUCGCCUACUCCCACAGCUGCCUCAAUCCCAUCCUGUAUGUGUUCGUCGGAGAGAAGUUCAGGAGGCACUUGCUCAGGCUGAUCAACAAAGCUCCCUGCAGGUUGUGCCAGAUCAUCAAGGUGUACAUACCGCAGGACAGGAUCUUUACAUCCGUCUACUCGCAAACGAGCAGCCUGGACGAUAAGGGCACUGUCGUGUAAAAUGUGGUCUUGCUGGCAACAGUUCUGUGCUUUUCCUGUUUCUUAGCAGUUAAAAAAAAAUGCUGUCAAGUAUAAAGUACAAAUACUGCCAUUCUGGCUAAUUCUCCGUUAUCAUAUGCUAUUUUAAGACUUCAAUUACAUUUAGUGGCAGGUUGAAGGAAUAGAAAUGAAUGUACAUAUGUAUUUGAGAUGCUUUAUUGUCCAUGACGUACCUUAUUAUUUUUUACCACAUCUUCUUUACUAUAUUGUUUUAUACUUGUAUUUUGUACAGAUUAUAUAAAAAUGUAUUCAUUGAUGACAUCUCGUUGAACUGAGAGGUAAACAGACUGUAUCUGAGUGAGCAGAUGAGUCAGAAUUUGUUUAGAAUUAAAGAUUAGUUUUCCCAUUUCAGUCACAUGCUGCUGAAGGUUAGUGUGAAAGUGUGUCAGCUACUACAGCUGUCAGCAGCAACCUCAUUUAAACGUCAGCUGUCAAAAGAAACAAUAGGCGUGCGUACAUGAGGCCGGAGUCUAAAUUGGAAACGGACCGUUCCUUUUAAUAUUUGCCCUUAUUUUAUGACCGCUCUCGCGCUUGCACGCACUGUUUGCUUGCAUCAGUCUGCUGCACGACAAAAGGUCUUUGCUGCAGAUGGAUGUAUUGGCAUUGCAAGUUUCAUAGCAUCUUGAGCAGAAGAUUUGCACUUUAUACAUCAACCUAGAGCUAACCACAACCUGAAAGGGGAAGCAUGUAACCGAGCUGUCUGUUUAACCUUUGCAGCUGGUGAGCACAUCUGAGCGUCGCACUAUGUGUACAAAAUGACCUGAUAUCAAUCGGCAUUAGACAAACUAAGAAGAAACACACAAAUGAGUUAAUAUGCCUCAUACAAGGAAUGCGUGACUAAUGAUCUCAGUCAACAUAUUCAAGGUCCCACUCCUGAGGUAGAAUCUGUUUCUCUAAAAUUUCUUGCUCAUUGUUACCGGCAAAGUGUGAAAAAUAUGCACCGUGACUCAAAGAUGUUGAUUUCUUGUCAGACGGGAGCUGCUGCCAUCAAGAAGAUCUCCCGACCACAUGUCUGCGUUUGCGAUUCAGAAAGUAGUUCAUCUGACAUGACUGCGAUCACUAUGACACUGAAAUUCCAAAACCACAACAUCCCCCUGUCACACUUCAUGUUUCCUUUCUGUUGCUAUCAAAUAAAGUAAAAAUGUCACAGUUGCCCGUGAGAAAAAAACAACAACAAAAAAACAACAAAACAAACGCAGCUAUCGUGCAGGAUACACUAUCGCUGCUACCGUGGUCAGUAAAGCAAAAUUUCCAUAUAGGCUUGAUUACAUAUACAUAACAUGCAUAACUAAAAAAAAAAGUCAAUGUUUUUCUAUUUUACUUUAUUGCAUAUUAUUCAAAAGCAUAUCUCUCGAUCAAUAAACUGUUAUUCUGAAA